AAGUAGCUGCCGAUCUAAACUACAGAAGAAAAUCUGAAACUUUGUCGGAAGAAAAUGCGUUAGACGAUCUAACACAUAUAUACUCUUCUUUCUUCGUUGAUUCUCUUCCUAGGUCAUGAGACCUCUUUUGCUAGUUCUGAAAUAAAGUUAGUGAACAAGGAAUGUCAUGACAUGACAUCGGCGGAUAUAAACAAAUUAAGCAACAGGUGUUUCUACAUAUGUUCGAGAUUUCACUUAUAAUUUUAUAAUGAAUGAAGAGGCACCAACAUCACAUAAUGUUUGCUAUUCGUGGUGUUAUUCGGAAACUUGGAAUACGUCGGCUUUCUUUAGGUCUAGUCCUUGGCCUGGUCUCUCUGGUGUUCUUCCAGACUUGUAUUCAUCCGAAUGAGAGAGACAUUCUUGAACUUCACAAAUGCCCGGCAUGCUAUGGAGUUUCUCUUUGUAGUGAAAUUCUCCACGGACCCUCAGAGAUAUCAAUUUCCUUUGAUUUUUUGGGCCGUCUUGGUGUACUAGCAAAUAUAAUAGCCACAAAAAAUGUUUUUUCUGGCCUACUGAAAGACAAAAAGGUUAUAAUUAAAAGACUUGGACAUAGGUCAGAGUUGCAGCACUUAGACAGUAAAAUUUGUCUUGCCAUGGGAUACCAGAAAAGCUGUGGACCUAAAUUAAAAGAAGUUGUUUUGAAAGUACCAAGUAUUCGUGAUUCUAUUGAAAGACUUCUAAAUGAGUCUAAGGACUUCAAUGAAUUUCGCUUAAGGCUUUGUCCCUCCAUGGAGCAUGUAGACAAUCUUUUCAGCUCUACUUUGCCCAAAAUUAAUGGCUCUCAUCAUGGGAGAUUAGUGAAUGAUGGAGCAACUGCUCAUAUUUGGACUCUUCUCCUCAUCAACCCUGAACCGCUUUUAUUACAAAUUAUGAGAGCAGAAGAUGGUUGGCCUGUUCCUCACUACUUGGGUGCUUGUGGACGCAUUGCAGUUACAUUACAUGCUGGAGAACCCUUAACAGAUUUUCUUUCUAGAUCUUGGCCUGAGCGAGCUGGGUUAUCACUACAACUUCUCCUAGCAGCUGAUCGCUUUACAUUUUCCCAUCCUCAAUUUGCAUUUUAUUUACUUGAUAUUUCAUCAGAUAAUAUUGUUGUAAAUGAAAAGGGAAAGUUAUCUUUUGUAGAUCUGGAGCAUCUGGUGGUUGUUGACCGUCACCCAACUUAUAUUCCUGAUGCUUGGAAUGAGUCUCAUAUUAGUGAGGUGUAUGAUGACUGUCCAGGUUGCAAUACCUUUUCUUCUGAUAGCUUGUGUCAACAUCACAUAAGUGACCACAACCAUCAUGUGAUCUGUGAGCAACUUCUUGGGCCUGGAAUGGGAAGUAGUGGAAACUCACUACCUGGUGGUCUCUUGCACUCCAUACCUCUUGAUAUCCAAAAACAGUAUCCUCAAUUGGAGGUGUUCCUAAAUGAGUGUUCAUCAGGCAAAGGAAAAGAUCACAUCCACAGUGCCCGACGCUUGCGUGAUUUAUUGAACAUUGCUUCAAAGGAAAAUCCUCUGUUUGGAGAUCAAACUUUGCUGCAGACAUGGAAGUAUUUCUAGAUUUUGUCUGAAGUAAAUUCAUAAAUGUAAUGAGAAUAUUUCUUUUUACAUACUUAAUUUUCUAGGUUGUGAUAUCUACUCUCUGUUUCCUACUGUUACCAUUGAUAUAUAAAUGAUCUCUUGUUAUAUAUUGCAGUAGAAUUAAUUCUACUCCAAUUUUCAGUUUCACUGUAAUGAUUCUUUUUCAAAAAAAGACUUAUCUUUUAAACAAUUGCCAAUCUAUGUAAAUAAGUAAACUUUUUGAUAUCUGUUAUUUUAUUUAUCCUAUUGACUGUUCUAUGUAUGUAAAUGUCUGUAUAAAUUAUUUGAAUGUCUUUUUA